AAAUCCAAAAAAUCGGGGCAAAAUGGUCGCGGCAGACAGACGCCGGGGUUUCAUCGUAGCGACGGCGUACAACUUCUUCGGCGUGUCCACGACUGACCGGCUGAGCGUCGACGAGGUGGCCCUGCUCGAAGACUUCCUCGACCGCGCCAAGUGCCGGACCCUGUGCGCCGUGCCCCUGGGAUCCGGCGUCCAAUUGACCAACGACGUAUCCCCGAGCGAAACCACCCUCGUCUUUUUCAAGAUCUCGGAGUCGCCGGUCACGGAGCGGAACUUUCACGAGGUGGUGCAGGUGGCGUCGGUCAGCAAAAACAGGACAGCCUCGCUGGCCGAGGCGAUACGCCAAGUGUGGACGCCGGCCUUGCACCGGCAGGGCUUCGAGUCGCUCCACCUGCGGAAGCUCGAGGACGAGCUGUUGGGCCCAAAGGCCACGGCCUCGCUCGUCGAGGAGGAGGCCCUCAUGAGGGACAAAUCGCGGACGGGGCACGAGCGGAAACUCUACGACCAGGCGGUGCUGCACCUGAAGAACAUCAGGCGCGAGCUCGAGAGCGCGGCCGUCGCGAGGGAGGGCCUCCUGAUGGUCGAGGAGACGCUAGACUCGGUGUCCGGGCACUUGGACGAGCUGUGGAAGCUCGAGGGCCCGGUCUACUCGGAGGAGCGCAUGAGGCUCCUCCUCGAAAUCAUAGGCAGCGAAAUCGCCCAAAUAGUCAAGUCUCUGAUAGCCAAAGCUAAAGCGGACCCUCGGGCGAAGGACGAAGCCACGGGGCACGGGGCCGUCGUGUGUCAAAAGUGGGUGGAAAUGUCGGUGCGAAUGACGAGCUUGUUUUGGCCCCACCACUCGUCGCACGUUUGGAAGGGAAAGCCGUGCAAGCCGGAGAAGUGCAGCGGCUUCGAGACGAGGCUCAAAGAAAUAGCGGAGAUACGGGCGCAGAAUCGGCAACUGACGAGGUUACUCACGCAGAGCGAGAGGGUCAACCUGGGCACGGACGCGCUCUUUGAGAAAUUCGAUAAUGUCGAAGAGCUGCUGGGCGAGGAGAACGACGUCGAGUGGGAGCGAUUGAAGGACAAGGUUUACAACGGCUUGGCACCGGUGGAGGAGCGCGUAGCUGCAAAGCUCAAAGUGCAGAUCACCGGAGCUAAGACGGCCCUCGCGCUGGAGACGGAGUUUCGCCGGUACAGCGAGCUGAUGAAGAGGGAGGCGAUCAAGGGCUCACUGCGCCCCGAGCGACAGGCCCUCUUGUCCGCCUACGCUGAUCUUAUCGACGCGUGCCAAAACUACUCGGACACGACCGACUUACUGGACACCCCGGAAAUAUUGCAAAACGUGCAGGCAGCGAGGGUCUUGGAGCUCCGGCUCGAAAGCUUACAAAAACUCGGGAAACAGCUACUCGGGGAUCUCCCGGGUUACGAAGAAAUCGCGGAGAAGCUCAAAAACGCCACCAGAGAAGCCACUCGGGAGAGACAGGAGCUGACCGAGCAAUGGGUAAACGAGACGAGGCAGUCCGUGGUGGGCCGAGAACUGUCCCUGGGCAACGAGACGGCGGUGGUCGAGCUGACGAGCGCCAAGCUGAUGCGCGUAAACUUCGAUCCCCGGCUGACGGCCCUCAUCCGCGAAGCCCGGGGCAUGUCGGCCCAGGGUGUCGAACUGCCCCGCGAAGUCAAGGAUCUCGUGGAACGGGCCUCGGCCCUCACCGGACGGGCCCGGGCGCUCGAGCAGAUCGCCAACUUCCACAACACCAUCGGCGACCGGAUGAUCGCCUCCCAGAGGCCCCUCAUGCUGGCCACAGCCCUCGAGCUAGCCGCCGCGGUCAGGGAGCAGUCCGGCGUCGUGUGGUCCGACCCCCGGGCCGUCGACUUCUUCACCAACCGCCUCAGAGAGAUGGUGAAAAAGUUUGCCCGGCAAAACGCCGAGCUCGCUUCGAAGCACGCCAACCUGCGGGACCUGGUUUGCAAUUUAUUGAAGGGCGACGCCGUCAACUUGGCCCUCAAUCAGAGCACGUGGAAGGAGGCGCUGAGGAGCAUGAGGGACAUCGUCGGCCGGGUCGAGUACACUUACGGCAACUCCAAGGCGUGGAAGCUCCACUGGGACCGGCAGUUGCUAAAAGUGCUGAGCAUAGCUUACAGAGCGGCGUUGCCGACACUGGUGAAAAAGCUUCCAGAGGUGCGGGCCGAGUUAACGUAUCGGGAUGAGUCGCUGAUGUGGCGCCCGAGUCUCGAGGACAUACGGAUGAAGCUGUACUCGGGGGUGCGCCGCUUCCUCGUCAUACCUGUGAACUUUCGCGGGGUCGGCGACGAGCCGGACGAGCACUUUCGGGGACUCGUGGCCCAGAGCGCCCAUAUGUUUGGGGCCGUGUACGGGGAGGCCGAAGGAUUGCUUGCCGCGCUCGACAGCUUCCGCGUCAAGUGGCUGCCACUCGUCGCGCCCGCGAAAAUCGAUAUCGGCCAGACACUGAAGGGCAAGCAGCCCCAGGACUGGGAGAAGGCCUUCAAGGACGCCAAGCAGUGGGCGCAAGAGGUCGGCAAACUGAGGGCGAACGAAGUCAAGAUAUCCUGCGUGGUCGUCGACACGGGGACCAUCAGAAACGACUUGGAGUCGCUGUCGCGCAGGUACUGGGAACGCCUGUCGUUGGAUCUGCGAGCGGAAGCGUCGUCCCGUCUGAUCUCGAUAGUGGACUUUCUGUCCUCGUCGUCGAAGAGACUGUCCCACCGGGCGCGAACCAUCGAGGAGAUCGGCGAGGCGUACGAGGCGUACUCGAGCAUCCAGAAGCAGAUGGACGAGGUGGCCCGUGAGCUGGAGGACGUGUCGGGUCUGGGUCGAGUACUGGCCGCUUGGACCAGGGAGAGGCUCGAGGGUCUGUCGAACGCCCACGCGAGCUGGGACGGGCUCAAGGAGCGCCUGGACAACUACCAGGGAGUCAUGGUCCACCAGAUGGAGGAGGCCAAGCUGAACUUGCGCCACCAGGUGUUGGCCGUGCACGACGAGCAGGAGCGGUGGAGGGCCAAGUGGGCCGCCAGGCCGUCUACGGUCACCAAGGACUGGAUCGAGAUGAUGCGCGAAAAGUGGACCAACAUAACCGAGCAGCGGGACAUACUCGUGAACGACUGCAAGAGGCUGAGCCUCCCGGUCCAGGAGAUCUUCGAGAGCGACGAGAACACGCUCGCCCAGAUGGAGGCCGAGCUAGAGGCCGAGGAGCUGAACUGCAAGUUCCAAGGGGAGUUUAUCGAGGAGCUGCAGAGGCACGAGGAAGAAGAGUGGGGCAUCGCCAGGCGCCGGCUACCCAAGUUCCACGACUGGCUAGAUUCGUGGCAGGACCGGGUCCAAUUGCAGACCAAGGACCGGCAAGGGGAGGCCGAGGAGUUAGCCAGACGAGAGGCCCAUUCGUUCAUCGAGAAGAAGAUAGCCGAGUUGAGGGAGGCGCUGGAUCUCGUGCAGCUGCUCAGGGGGGACGACCUGGCCGAUGAGCACUGGAGCGAGCUCAGGGACAUUCUGGGGCUAAACGUCCGACGCACGGACGAGCUAACCUUGGGCCAUCUACUGCGUAGCGCCGAAUCCAUUAAGACGAACCUCGAGAGGGUCAAGGACGUGACGAAGCGAGCAGCUGCCGAAAGUGGCAUCAGGCAGGCCUUGAUGGAGCUAGAAGCCUGGGAGGGCUACACCUCCCUUCCCAUCCAGGCGACGAGGGACAGCAAAAACGGGGGUAUCUACGUGGUUGGGGACUACAGCGCGCUCCUGGCGAGAGCAGGAGAGCUGAGGCUGAUAAUGGACGGGGCGAGAGGUGCGGCGGGGUACGAGAGGUUCGCCUCGAGGGCCUCUAGAUGCGAGGCCGCGCUUUACGAGCUGGAGGAACGCCUCAAAAUACUGAGCAUCGUGCAAAGGAAGUGGGUCUACUUGGACCCAGUGUACAAUAGCGACGCCGCUCCGAACGACUCUGGCAGGUGGGGUCGAGCUGACAAGGAAUUCAGGUACUUCAUGGGAGAGAUCGCCAGGGAUCCCAAGAUACCGUCUUUGAAAAAGCUACCGCUCCACGCGCUAACGAACCUCAGGGAUCUGAUGGAUAGGUGUCAAAAAAGUUUGGACGACUUUUUGGAAGAAAAGAGGUCCGCGUAUCCACGAUUGUACUUCCUGAGCGACGAGGAUCUGCUCGAACUGGUGUCGGGAAAGGGCAAGGGACUCGACGCGCAUCUGUCGAAGCUGUACCAGGGCCUGGGUGCCGUGGAAAUAUCGAAAAACUGCGUGACGAGCAUCGUUUCACCGGAAGGCGAGAAGCUCGAGCUCCGCGACAGAGUCAGCCUCUCCGAGACCUUCCCCAAGUGGCUGCUCACGCUAGAGGAGGGCAUCAGAAACACGCUGCAGCAGAGCCUCGGCUCUUGCCUGUCGCAGGAGAUGCCGGAAGUUACAUCCUUUCCAACCCAGACGCUCCUUCUGGCCGAGAGGAUUCGCUUCACGGAGAAGUGCGAGGCUGCCAUCGAGGACGAGUCCAAAGGCUUGAAGAACUUGCUGAACGCCCUCGAGAACCAGAGGGAGCUCUACAGGAGCUUGGAACAGUCGGGGGACGGGUUGACGUCGCUCAAGGCUAAGAAUCUACUGCUGGAAACGGUCCACCACCUGCACGUCGUCCACAGUCUCGUCCAAGUUAUCGGCGACAGGGAAAAGCUGGCCUGGUGCUGGAACCGACAGCUUCGGACGUACAGACGGGGUAGUGGAGCUGUGGUGCGGUGCGCGAGGGCCGAGUUCCCGUACCGAUUCGAGUACCAGGGCGGUGGGAUCGGCCUGGUGAGGACCCCGCUGACGGAAAAGUGCUACCUUGCCCUGACGCAGGCCAUGAAACUCGGGCUCGGUGGUAGUCCCACGGGCCCGGCCGGCACCGGCAAAACCGAAAGCGUCAAGGCCCUGGGGGGCAUACUGGGCCGACGAGUGCUCGUCUUCAACUGCGACGAGGGAAUGGACGCGGGCAGCAUGCGCCGGAUCCUGAGCGGCCUGGCCCAGGCCGGGGCUUGGGGCUGCUUCGACGAGUUCAACAGACUCGAGGAAGGCACCAUGAGCGCUGUGUCCAUGCUGAUAAGGCCCCUACAGGAGGCAAUCAGAGACGGCACCCCAAGGGCCAAUCUUGGUGGCGUGGAGAUCCCGGUGGACCCGCACUGCUGCCUCUUUGUCACGAUGAACCCCGCCGGGGACGACUACGGCGGACGCCGGAAGCUCCCGGACUCACUGGCGAGGCUGUUCAGGCCGAUCGGUAUGGCCCAUCCCAACAAGGCCAACAUCGUGCAGUCUCUGCUCGAGUGCGCUGGGUUGAUGAGCGCGCCCAAAUUGGCCAACCAGCUGGUCGAAACUUUCGACACCGCCGAGAAGUUGCUGUCCAAACAGCCACACUACGACUGGGGACUCAGGGCCCUCAGGUCCGUGCUGAACGGGAUCCCACCGUCGUCAGCUGGAAAGGACGACGAGUCUGGCGAGAGGGCUAGGAUGCUGGCGGCAAUCAAAACGUCGACGAUGCCCAAGUUGGUGGAAAACGAUACGGCUACGUUCGUGUCGCUGUUGAACGACGUAUUUUCCACCACGGAUGCGUCCAAAGCCACGCAUGAGACGAGAAAACUGGAAUCAGUCCUCGCGAGCUUGUGCGAGGCGCAAGGGCUGCACGAAAGCCUGAUCACGAGGUGCGUCCAGCUGAAGGAUCAAUUGCAGUCGAGGAGCGGGGUAGCCGUCGUUGGGCCCCCGGGUAGUGGGAAAUCGUUGAUUAUCAAAACAUUGGCGGACGCUACUCUCAAGACGGAGGAGGCGGUAAAGCUGUUCAACAUAUAUCCGGGUGCCAUUUCCAAGGCUCAGCUUCUCGGAGUUGUCGAUGCCCAAACGAGAGAAUUCAAAGAAGGUCUGCUGUCGAGUAUAAUAUCAAACAUGGGAAAUGAGCCGGUCUGGAUUAUUUUGAACGGCGACGUGGAACCAGGUUGGGCUGAAGCCCUCAAUUCCGCUCUGGACGACAACCGCAUACUAACGCUGCCCAACGGCGUGGGUGUUAAACUCGGCAACGGAACACGAUUCAUCUUUGAGACGCACAAGUUGUCGAACGCGAGUCCAGCCACGGUCUCGCGACUGGGUAUCAUUCACCUCGGUGCCAUGUCGCCAGCGACGCUUCUCAGUCCGAGGUUACUCAAAGAUCUGCCGUCGAAAUCCAUGAGUUUCGCCACAGCUCACCUGUGCCCCGUGAUAGAGCAGGUCUUGAAAUUUAAAAAGGAUCAGAAAUCGGCAUCGAGUCUACUUCGCGCGGCACUGAUGCAUCUCCAGGAUUCCCAGUCCGAGGCUGGUUUUACGCACGCCUUGCUGGCUGCUCUGUGCGGCCAAAUAGAGGAUCCAGCCUCGCGAAACGACUUGGCUCGCACCGUAUACCAGCUGACGAACACUUGGUGUCCCGAUUCCAACGACCCCUGCGACGUUCUGUACAACAAGAGCAAGGACGUCCUCGAUCCUUUUACCAUCGACACCAAAACGAUGGAAACCGAAGACGGUCUUAUCCACCUGUCGGGGUCCAUGCAAAGAGGCAUAAGCGCCGCUCUACCUUGGACAACGCUCGGUCAGUCUGUUAUAUUCCGCGGGACGGAGGGUUGCGGGAAAAACGCCCUGCUGUCGGCGGUUCUGACAUUGAUCAAAAACCACUCGGAUGAAACGACUCUGGUGGUCAAAGGAUCUUCGGUUUACGGAUCGAAGGAUCUGAUGGACCGGCUGAAACGGUCCUGCGUAAAACUGGACUCUUCCUCCGGUGGUAGGACUUAUCGUCCCAAAAAUGGAUCCAAUUUGAUACUGGUCAUCGAGGACUUGCACCUGGCGUCGAAGGAUUUACAGGAACUGACGCGUCAACUGAUACAAGAGGGAGGAUUUUACGAAAACGACGCGGAAUUCGCCAAGGUGUCCCUAACGAUCUUGAGCACAGGCGAUUCGACGACCAAACUCCACCCGAGACUCGACUCGCUGCUGGCUUCGCACUACUUGACACCCCUGCAGCCCAAAGAUUUGGACGCGAUAGUCGAACUACACCUCAAGGAGGCACUGAGCGACGAUGCAACGGUGAGAGCUUGGAUCGGCAGGAUGUCCCCGAGCAUCGUGGAAGCGUUCAACGAGAUAUCCACGGACAAGUCGACCGAAAAGUGGACACCGAGGGAUCUGCUGCUGUGGACGGAUUCCCUCAAGUACUACCCGAAGCCGGAAAGUGAUUCCGACAUCACGAGCUACCUUAUAGACGCCUCUCGACGCGUCUUCGGACCAAAGUUGCACGACAAGCAGCAGAGACGCCUCGAGUCGAUCGUGAAUUCGCGCAACACCGGUAGACCAAGCACCAAGGACGGGUUUUACGUUUGGAAGGGCUCGCACGCCAGUCUGACCCUGCUGUCCGAGUCCCAGUGGAGGGGCGAGCUCGAGAGCGCGGUGACAAAGUGCAUCCGCGAGGGUGACGAUGGCAUGUCGACGACCAUACCGUCGUACCUGCUGGAAAUCACGGCCGGCAUCAGCUGGAACCUCGGCUGCGAGCAAAGGGGUGUACUGCUGAGGGGACGCCCGGGCGCCGGUCGCAAGACAGCCGUCAAGCUGGUCGCCGUGGCCUCCUCCCUACGGCUCGUUGACUCUGGACCUGGUAAGGGAAAAGCCGCGGUGAAGACUGCCGUACAAGCUGCUGGGGUAGACGGGGAGCCGACGAUCCUGCUGCUCGAGGAGCACCACCUGCGCGACGAGGGCUUCGCCAUCCUGGCCAGCGCGAUAGUAGCCAGCGGCGAGCUGCCCGGUCUGUACGCCUCGGAGGAACUGAACACGCUCAUGUCGCCCCUCGUCGAGCUGGCGGGCAAGGACGAGUUCUCCGGCAGCCUCGAGCAGUUCCUCUACCACCGGAUAAGGAAGUACCUGCGAGUGGUGUUGGUGCUCGACAGCAGUGACAUGAAGUCGAGCUGGUUGUCGCGCUCGAACCUUCUCCGGCACUGCGUGCAAACGACGGGCCAGAGUCUCGGGAGCGAGUGGUGGCUCACCGAGGGAUACCUCACCGAGUUGGCCAAGCUGUACGGGGACGACGAGGCGAAGGACGAGUUCUCCGGCAUCACCGAGGUGGUCCAGGCGCAACUGAGCGCACCCACGGCACAACAGGCACCGGCGAGGUUUAUCGCUCUGCUGCACAAGUGGAGGGAGCUACGGGGAUGUUGGCUCGAGGACAUAGUGGCCAAGCUGAAGAAACUACAGGCGGGGAUCGAUCGGCUGAAGGAGGCCGGCGACAGGGUCGCCAAACUCGAGGAGGACGUCACCAAGCAGCGCCGCGACCUCGAGGUCGAGAAGGGUCGGGCGAACGCCGCGCUGGAGCAAAUAACGGCAACCAUGCGGGGCGCAACGGGCCAGAGGGGCGAAAUGACCAGCCUGAAAUUGGAGACGGAAAAGGAGAGCGCGGAGCUGGCCCGUCGCAAGAGGGACAUAGAGGGCGAGCUGGGCAAGGUGGAGCCGCUGGUCGAGCAGGCGGCGCAGGCGGUCGCGGGCAUAAGCGCCGAGGCGCUGUCGGAGGUGCGCUCGCUACGAGCCCCGCCCGCCCCCGUCCGCGACGUCCUCGAGGGCGUGCUCCGGCUGAUGGGCAUACGCGACACCUCCUGGAACAGCAUGAAGACCUUCCUGGCGAAGCGCGGCGUCAAGGAGGAGAUACGCAAUUGGGACGCGAGGCGCAGCUCACCCGCGAGCCUCGAGGCCGUGGCCAAGCUCGUGGCCGACAGGGCCGACAGCUUCGAGGAGAGAACGGCCAAACGAGCGUCCCAGGCAGCCGCCCCGCUCGCGGCUUGGGUACUCGCCAAUCUACAGUACGGCCAGAUCCUGCAGCAGGUCGCGCCACUCGAGAGGGAACAACGCGUCCUGGCCGACCGGCUGAGGGCGGCGGAGGCGCAGAUCGGUAAGCUCGAGAGCGGCCUGACGAGCGUCGAGGGCAAAGUGGCCCGGCUGCAGGAGGAGCUGGCGGCGCACUCGAGGGGCGCGGCCGAACUGGGCCUGAGGACCGAGGCGACCGAGGCGAGCUUGGCGACGGCCCGCACCCUGUUGGGCAAGCUCGAGGCCGAGCACCGGGACUGGCAGACGCAGUUCCAAACGCUCACCGAGCGCAGGGACAAGCUCGGGGCGGACGCGGCCCUCGCGGCGUCGCUCCUCGUGUACCAGACUCACCCCGGGAGCAAGGAGGAGGAGGCGAGCCGCGGACGGGUGCUCGAGCUGCUGGCGAGCGAGCGGGACAGGCUGCAGUGGCGGGCCCAGGGCUUGCCGGCCGACACCGAGAGCCUCGUCGGGGCAACCCGGGCGAUCCGGGGCGACCUGGUGGCCCUGUUCGUGGACCCGUCGGGGGUUGCGGUGGGCUGGCUGAGGGCCAACGUCGGUGGGACGCGGCUCGAGGUCACCCAUCCCGGAGACGCGAGGUUCCUCACUAGCGUCGAGCUGGCCGUGAGGUUCGGCAAGCCCCUGCUCGUCGAGGAGGUGGUCGAGCUACCCACGGUGCUGCUGCCCCUGCUGAGGAGGGGCCGACUAAGACUCGGCGAUCGCGGGUUAGCCGCCCAGAGGGGCUUCCAGCUGUUCCUGGCCACGAGACAGGAGAGCCUGCUGGACGCGCUGCCGAGCGAGGCGGACGCCGUCCUCGUCAAGAUCAGCCUGGGCUCGGGGAGCAGGAGCCUCGCCGAGAGGCUCAUCGACAAGGCCAUUCUGCAGGAGACCCCCGAGGUGGAGUCGCAGAGGCGGGAGGCGCUCGAGCGGGAGGAGCGGCUGUCGGGGGAGAUGGAGGCAGCCCGGCUGGAGCUUCUGGUGCAGCUGGGGGCAGCGCGGGGCCAGGACGUCCUGCAGGAGGGCGGAGGUCUACUGUCCAGCCUCGAGCUCACGCAAUCCAAGGCCAAGGAGAUAGCCCGGGCCCUCGAGGACAGUAGGCGCGACCUCGAGGAAAUCGGCAAACGAAGCCGGGAGCACGAGCGCCUCGCCAAGUUCGCCGCCAUCCUCAACAGGUUCGUCGGGGCCUUUGCCUCGCUCAGCUCGCUCUACGUAUUCACGGCCGAGACCAUCGCUGAUAUUUUCCUCGAGGUCGAGAGGAUGCGGCCGAGCUUGCGGGCAUCCGGCCGGGACGACCGUGAUAAGACCCUCGAGAAGGCCGUGACGACUCUGACCCUCCAUCACUGCACGAGGGCGGCGUACAGAAAACACCGACUGCCCAUGGCGUUGCACCUCGCCCUGUCUCUCGGUUCCGUGCCGGACGAGCACAGGAACCUCCUCCUGAGCGGUGGGGACGCGUACCCCGGGAAUACGGAAUUUGCUCUGCCGAGUUACAUACAGCCGGAACAAAAGCCCUCCGUGAGGAGUCUUUUCGCCGCCGUGCCCGAGAUGGCGAGGAAGAUCAAGGCCAACUGGAUGAACGGCACGGUCAACAUUUACGGCGACGAGGGACUGAGCUCCUUCGAGAAGCUCCUGGUCGUCCAAGCCCUGCACCCCGAGCACUUGCACACCGCGCUGUCAAAGUGGGCAGCCCAAGUGAUCGGAGUGCGAAACCUGUCACCGCCCGCUUGGACGCUCAAACAAGUUGCCGAAGAGAGCGAGAGCCGGCCCGUGCUAUUGCUGCUAUCCCCGGGCGCCGAUCCAGAACCCGAGCUCCGGAGUUUGGUAGCCAACCACGUCGUGCCAGCUACCGGCUUCGCGGAGGUCUCGUUGGGCCAAGGCCACGUGGCGCAGGCCGAAUCUGCCCUCGAGGCCGCUUGCAAGCAGGGAAGCUGGAUACUGCUGAGCAAUCUUCAAUUGGCGCUCAACUGGCUGCCGCGUCUCGAGGCGCUGCUGCGCUCGCCGACCUGUGCGGCGCACAAGAGCCCCGGCACCCGGAUUUGGCUGACCACCGAGGAGUGCUCGGGUUUUUACCCCGGGCUGUCGGGCCUCUGCCUCAAAGUGGCCUACGAGCCGCCCGAGGGCGUCAAGCGCAACGUCAAACGGUCGCUCCUGCAGCUGCAACAACGGCAGCCCACCAUACAGGACUCGGGCAAGGCUCUACUGAUAGCUUGGCUGCACGCGGUACUCCAGGAGAGACGAAAGUUCGUGCCCCAAGGCUGGAUAAAAGCGUACGCCUGGAGCGAAGGGGACCUCGAGGCGGCCUGCGAGCUCGUCGUCAAGAAAGCCCCCUCGUCGUCGUCCGCGCGCAAGUCCAGGGAAGACUGGGAGUCGGACCGGGGGAUCCUCGACGUGGCGGUCUACGGUGGCCUCUUGCAGGACGAGCACGACAUGCGCGCGCUGCGAGCAUUGCUGAAGCACGUGUGGUCCAGGGACACGUACACGGGCCGUCGCAAGCUCGGGGGCACUCUGAGCGUGCCCAAGGCAGACUCGGAGGGCCCGAUCGCCAUGGUCGACAAGCUCGAGGACGCCGACGCCGUCCAGGUUUACUUCGGGCUGCCCGCCAACGCCCACCGCGCUUGGGAAAAAUCCGCCGCCGAGUCCACUCUGCGCCACUUGAACGAGAUCGCGAGGAGGCACGGGAAAGCCGCGAAAAACCAUCCGGACGGUAAGGCGUCCCUGGUAUCGAGGACCCUCAAGGAGCUGAAACAAGCCGUGGACCGGCAGCGAGUCGAUCGCUCGGCCACCAGCAAAGACACUCGGCAGGAGAGCGAUCCGCUGCAGAGGUUCUUCAACGACGAGGCAAACACCACGAGGCAGUUGUUGCAGCUUGUCCGCUCGGACCUGGACGGCCGACGUACCUGGGAGGAUCCGAAGACUCCAGCGGCGUGGCUGUCCAAGUGGCACUCGGGUCCUCGAGAGGUCGUUCCGUUCGUGAACCAGUUGAUGGCGAGACACGAGUCGCUGACAUCGAUAACGGCAGGUGGUCGGCCGCCGGGAGUCCAGUUGUCCUGGUUCGCCCGUCCCGACGCUUUCCUAUCCGCCUUCAAGCAGUACACGGCACGGGAAACGGGACGGGCGUUCGAGAGACUCCGUCUGCGCGCCCAGUGGUCGGAGGAUUACAAUAAAGACGGAAAUUGGAAAACCUCCAUCUUCAUCGAGGGCCUUUUGCUGACAGGGGCGAGAAUAGAGAACGGCGUGCUCGAGGAGGUGACGGCGAGCGCGAGCUCAGUGGUCACGGCUCCGGUGUGCCUGAUUGCUUUUAUCGAGGAGGACGGUGGUGAGUAUCGCGAGGAAUCGAGCGAGUGGGGUGACGUUGAGCUGACGAGCGAGCUCAGCGCUCUGCAGGUGCCCGUUUACACGGACUCGUCCAGGAGCCGGCUGGUUUGCUCGCUUCCGGUGCCUUACGUCAGGGAAAAGAGGAACGCGUGGUACCAGCGAGGCAUCAGCUUCCACCUACGGACCAAUUAGUUUUCACGCCAAUUUUGUGUUUUUUCACGACGAUCAUUGAAUCUUUGGAUUUUACGAAUAAAAAAUAUUUUGCACCAACUGAAAUGAGCCCUAAGGAUAUUGAUUGAGGAAGGGGAUAUUCUCACAUCGUA